AUGAGGGAAUAUGGGAGGGGGUUAAACGCAAAUGACGCAUCACCUCCAAGGAGUGGUGGUACUCUUCUAGCUCCACUGCGGCUUACACAACAACAACAAGAGCAAAGACAGCCAUCCGAAGUCGUUCCUUCAACGCAGCAUCUCACUUCAUCCGGCGAGGGUCUACAGCAGGUGCGCAUGAAAAUGGGAGCAAAGCCGUUGCAGCCCAUUGGUGGUACGAUGGCGGCUGGAGCGGGGUCGCACCGUGCGGGUCAGGCCAUGACAGAGCACGUGCCAUUGAAUAGUGCGUUCACGCAUUUAUCUGAAUCCAAAGCGAUAAACCCAUCCAAUUCAUCGUCACACUCUCCACUGCAGUCAUUUGAACCCCAGGAGGACAGAAACGACACAAUGCAUUCUACCGGGCAGUUGAAACAAGCACCGUUCUUUCCAACUCGGUUGGAAGAGUCGCGGGGAGCCGCACUGGAACUUUCAAUCCCACGGACGCGGCAGACCGUUGUGUUUGUGGAGGGCUCAAUUUGUCCACAAACACCGCCAGAGACUGCAAACAGCAGGGAACCUAAACCACAGCUCUCCCAUGAACAGGAGCAAAAAAUAAAUGCGAACAGCUCUAUCUCUGGAUGGGGUGCGAAUUAUUCCCCCCUGUUAUCAGAGGCUAAUAACACGUCUUUACCUCUCAAUGAUGUAUGUAGCGUCUCCAACCACACGGUGGGAGGGAGUAGAACUCUCCCUGUGACAUGGUCAGAGCCUCAAAUAAACGAAAACCCUCCAAAAAGAGCCGCCUCGAUUAAGAAGUUGGGGGAUAUCAACUUGUCAGCCUUUACACAGUGGUGCAGUGAGAAUUUACUGGAUCCUAACGGGCUAACGGAAAGACGCCUUGGGCGGAGGAGGAGCAGGAGAUGGAUAUCCGGCACGUGGGAUCUCGUGAGUGCGACAACGGUACGGUCGCGUAAAACAAAGGGCAGUUCAGCUUCGAUGGGAGGUGCAACGAAACAAACGACCUGCAAUGGGUCGAUCGGGGGAAUAUUCACACCUGAAGAUUCCACGCUAAAAAUAACACCAAAAGAAACACGUGAAGGACUCAAUCGACGCCUCAAGAAGGAUGCACAGUCCCUUUAUUCAUUGGAACUUCCCACAUUUGAUGAAGAGACGGGGACUUUGGGAGAUGCAUGCGUUUUUCCCCGAUCCCUUGCAGUGGAUGUUGCCGUUGAGCAUGUUAUAAGACAGGAACGUGGGGAAUUGCGAACUAAAGCGACAGGUGUGGGUAUCCUUCGCUUCCUUAAGGAGUUUGAGGAGAGCCGCGAGAUUAUUUAUUUGUACUUUUGGUAUGCGAUUGCCCACAUACGUCGGAUAAAGUCGGAGAAAAUGCUCAUUGGUCGUUACAUUAAUUUGGAGCGUAUCAUUCGUGGGGCCUUUCCCCGUUACAAGGCGGAAAUACCAACCAUUAAACAAAUUGGAUGUAUUCUGGCGAAGCACGCCCCAACUGAUGAGAGCAUUACCGAAAAUAACUCAGCGGCAGCGGCGCGGGAGGAAGUGGAAGUAGAGGAAGCGGUGCCACCGUUUUUUCCCGCCAUCUCCAACGGGCAUUCACACGGUGGUCCCGGCUCUAUUGUUAAUGAGGAAAGUGGAUGCACUGCACUCGUUUCUCAGUAUCCAAAGAAAAACCGUUCAAGAAUAGGCAGUUGUGGCGGCGACACCGUCCACGCUUUUGAUGAGGCUGCGGAUAAAUCAUUACUGCAAGACCCGACGAUUAUUUGUCUUUGUAACGAAGCCAUAAACGCCUUUACGGUCGUACAAACGGAAGUGUAUGAACUUGCUGAAUUUGCACAACGUUGUUUUCAUCGUCUUGCAGUAUUAUUUGGUCAGGCCUUUGAGCGACUGGCGGAGGAAAAAGAUGAAGUGCUAACGGCCUUUACGUUUAUAGUACCACAUGUCGUGUAUUAUGUAUUUGUUUAUUGUUUUCCAAAUGAUGUUGUGGCGGGCAUUUUUAAUGCUGCCUUGCGGAUGAAUUUGUACCGUAUCUUUUAUUUCUGGUGUAGUGGACUGGUGGCUACAUACGUGCGGGUGAAUGGAUGGCCGAAACCGCUUACGGACGGAAAAAAAGGUCUAUUGAAAUGUAUUGGACAACAAGCCGGAUCUCCAACUUUAUCCCAGUCGACAGCAUCAGCUAUAUCCCCUAUAUCACCCAAACUUAGAGGAAGUGCGUUUAUUGCUCAAGGGGAAUCGAAUAGUCAAGUCGUGGUUGCAGCCAUUGGAAACUCCAAAAGUCCGUCAUCGCCCACUGCGACGGGUGAGGAACGCCUAGAGGCACUAGCAGAUGAUACCUUUGAGGAAGUGGAUGUGGAAGUUGCGAAUGGACACUAUCGUAUAGCGCUUGAGUUUAAGAAGUACGCGAAGCAUGUCAACUACCUUCUGCAGGAGUUGCAGAAACGCACAGAAGACAUGCAUCGGGAGGCGGCUCAUAGUUCACCGAUACUGACACCUACAGAUAUGGAAAACACCUCCAUGGGGGGAAUGGCUCAGCCGGAUCGAUUUUUUAACAAAUUGCCAUCCGUUCUGAUGAGUGCUAGUCCCCAGCUCCGAACUGUUUCUUGGAAUGGCGGUUCUUCGAAGAACAAAAUGCCUGAGACGCGUCGAUUGCCAAGUAAGCCGACUUUGCUUAUUCCCAGUAAUAAUUAUAAUGCCGCGGGCAAUUAUGAUGAUGUUGUGUUGCCUGCCAUUUCGCAGGCGAACGGUGCUGUCAAGAGGACAAGGGCACCACCAGUCAACAAUGACUGUAUUCUUUCUGGGUUCCCACUUGACCACACGGCCAUUCAUGUGAAACAGUACAUGAUGCGACCGACGGGAGUAGCCCCGGCGGAGGUGCCUCUUCCGCCAUUAAACGUUCCUUCGACGGAGGGCACAAACUGUAACGAGGCCGCGUCGCCUCAUGCAGAUAAGCAUCACACUUUACCGAGCUUGCGGACCGUCAAAGUUCCUUUGCCCGUAGCCUCUCCAUUCUUCCAACACUACUCAAGCAAACGGCUCGCUACAAAUGCGGCGGGGAUCAACGAAAAAUCGUUUCGUCGAAAAUCGACGCGACGCGACAAGCCUCAUCCUUUCUUUUCCGAGUGUGUCGUACCCACCGCAAUGGGUUCGCCCAGUAGUUCCAUCUCCCAUGCAACAGCAACACGAAAUUCUGUAAGAACCUCGUCCUCAUCGACACUGGCGCCGUCUAUAUCACAGAAACGUGAUGUAGGUGCCAAGAACACGACGAAUUCCCUGAUGCUUCCACACGUUAGAAGGAAAGCGAUUAACGUGAUGCUCAUUCCGCCCUCCGAUGCUCAACUACGGCCGCUAAAGUUCAAAAGCCUGACAAAAGAAGUGACACGACGACAGUUGGAAAUUGAACGACAAAUGGAUCGCCUCUCGGGGCGCGAGCAGAUUCUUCGCCGGAAGUAUGAUGCUGAAACCCAGCAAGGCUCCCGUCGUGUCCACCAGCUUCUGUCGGAAUGUCACUCAGACAAUCAGAAAAUUGAGGCGUACGCGGGUUUUCUCAGCGAUAAGAGGAAAAAGAAUGAGGGCAUUAUGGGACGCAAACAGAAACUCCCUCUGGAAAGGAUUAAACGAUGA